CAAAUUCUAUAUGUUGGGUUGAUAUUUGGUUCUUUGUAGACAUUAUUAUUUCUAUAAUUACUGAUGAAUUGGUUGCUGCCUCAGGAACCUCCUUACAUCAAAGGCCAUAUAAGAGCUGAUGGAGAUAAAAGAUUCCAUCCUUGAUAUUCUGUUGCAAGAUCCCCCGCAGGAAGAUUUCUCUGCUUCUGAUUUAAAUUGGACCAAGUAUGGAACUGAUGAACACCAUGAUGAGGUAGCCCUCAUUCCUUAUGACCGAGUCGAUGAAUUCAUACUGGGAGAAUGUUCUAAUGUGGAGUGCCCAACACGUUUUCACAUUGAGAGAGGAAGAAAGCGGGAAAAAGGCAGUGUAAAGAAUUAUAAGAGUGAUGAGUAUUUGGAGUACAGGGUGUAUUGGUGUUCGUUUGGUCCUGAGAAUUAUGGAGAGGGUGGUAGUAUAUUGCCUAGUAGGAGGUAUCGACUCAAUACCAGAAACCGAGCUGCAAGGCCACAGUCCAUGCGGGGCUGUCAGUGCCGUUUCGCAGUUAAGCGUUUGUAUGCUCGCCCAUCAGUUGCACUCAUUAUAUACUAUGAGAGGCGUCAUGUAAAUAAAUCAGGUUUUGUAUGUCAUGGACCACUUGAUAGAGAUGCCAUUGGUCCUGGUGCCAAGAAAGUACCCUAUAUUUCUAAUGAGAUCCAGCAGCAGACAAUGUCCAUGAUUUAUCUUGGAAUACCAGAGGAAAAUGUCUUACAGAAACAUAUUGAAGGUGUUCAACGCUACUGUGGUGCAAAUGCAAAAGUUAGUAGCCUUGCAUCUCAGUACGUCCACAAACUCGGGAUGAUCAUCAAGAGAUCAACACAUGAAUUGGAUCUGGAUGAUCAGGCUAGUGUACGAAUGUGGGUUGAGCGCAAUAAGAAGUACGUAUUCUUUUAUCAGGAUUGCUCUGAUAUAGAUCCUUUCAUUCUAGGGAUUCAAACAGAUUGGCAGUUACAACAAAUGAUCCGUUUUGGCCAUCACAGUCUCAUGGCUGCUGAUUCAACAUUUGGCAUAAAGAAACUCAAGUACCCACUGUCUACAGUUCUUGUAUUCGACUCAAGGUUACAUGCCCUCCCAGUUGCAUGGAUCAUUACCCGUUCUGUUGCGAAGGAGGAUGUGUCGAAAUGGAUGAAAGCUCUUCGGGAACGAGCUCGUGCUGUUGAUUCUGCUUGGAAGAUCAAUGGGUUUUUAGUAGAUGAUGCAGCUGCAGAGAUUGAUCCAAUCAGGGAUAUUUUUUGCUGUCCUGUUCUUUUUUGCCUUUGGCGUGUUCGUAGAUCAUGGCUCAGGAACAUUGUCAGGAGGUGCAAUAACAUUGAAGUUCAACGUGAAAUUUUCAAACGUCUUGGAAAAAUAGUGUAUGGCAUCUGGAAUGGUGCAGAUUAUGUGGGUGCUAUGGAAGAAUUCAUCCAAGAUUUUAUUGACCAAACUGACUUCAUGCAGUAUUUUAAGGCCUGUUGGGUGCCUAAGAUUGAAAUGUGGCUUACAACCAUGAAAACUCUUCCGCUUGCAAGCCAGGAAGCAUCUGGUGCCAUUGAAGCUUAUCAUGUGAAGCUGAAACUCAAACUUUAUGAUGAUUCACAUAUUGGUGCACUCCAAAGAGUCGAUUGGCUGGUGCACAAACUGAUAACGGAGUUGCAUCCGAUCUACUGGCUUGACCGCUAUGCAGAUGAAAGUGAUUCCUUCCAGAAUGUUAAAGAGGAGUACAUUGCUUCCACAUCAUGGCAUCGAGCACUGCAAAUUCAAGACACAGCCGUUAUCUUGGAUGAUAAGGACCGCCUCUUCGCCAAGGUUGUGAGUCAAAAGGACAGUAGUCAAACACAUCUGGUCUGGAAUCCUGGGUCCGAGUUUGCUUUUUGUGAUUGUGAAUGGUCAAUGCAGGGAAACUUUUGCAAGCAUGUCAUCAAGGUCAAUAUGGUGUGUGAAAAUCAUCAGGGUUAUCAACCUUCCAUGGCAUCUCAGUCAUUCAAAGAAAUCUUAAUCAAUCUGUGGAAAAAACCCAGUGAUGAUUCAAUUUCCCUUGAUCUGUCAAUGGCCUGGAUCAGCCAAAUGCUUGAUCAAAUUCAAAAACUAGUUGAAUUAAACAAUUCAAAUGACAUUGGUAGUCUGGUAAAUAAUCUACCACUGAAGUGGGUGGCCAAGAAGGGCCGAACAUCUAUUGGUAGGCCUUCAUCUGUAGUGGGUUUUCUCCCCAAUUCAAAGAAUGGUUCCAAGAAAGCUCUUGUCCUCAAAAAGACCAGAAAGCGAAAAAGAUUGUCCCGGUUUAAGUGACUUCUUGGUUGGAUGGACUAGAGACUCUUGUUGCCGUUAUACAUCUGCUUAGUGCUUGGUUCUACUAUAACUUUUAUAUGACGUGCUCUUUUGUAGUUUUGUUUCAAUUAUCUCUAAUUGGUUGUUCUGGUGUAGAGUAAGUUGCGCAACAAGGGGGAGGCAAUCUCAGAUUAACAGCAUACCGUUGCAACCCAUCAUCAUCUCUUCCCCUCUGUUUCAUCAUCAAAUCUGUAAGCAAAACAAAAAACAGUGCAUAAAGACAUACCCUUAAGCACUAUAUCUCUGGUACUGGGUAUAUCUCUUCACUUGCCUGCUUGGUCGAGGUGGAGUGAGUUCUUUCAUCCCUUGAUGGUUUACAAAGCAAUGGCAGCCAUGAACUGUGGUAUUUGGUCAUGCAACUUUAUGGUCUUGGCUGCAUUGAUGGCUUCAGUCACAAACUGUCACAUCUUUGGCUUUAUUGGAUUCUAAUUGUUGUUGAUUGGGCUCAAUAAACUUUAUGAUUUGAAGA